UAUUUUUAUUUCUUCUAGCUCCACUCAACAUUUUCAGACGGUCAUGCCAAAAUCCCUAAAUAAAUUCUCUGUAAGUAACCAAACUCCCGCCACUUUGCUUCACUCUCUCAUCUUCUGCACAACACUCGUCUUCACUUCGCUUCUUCCUGAUAGUUGAAUGAUAGUUCUUCGUUCAAGCCCUGCUCUUCUUUACAAAUCUUUAUUGCGCAAUCUCCUGAAACCGACCACAUUAUAUCAUCUUUCUUUCUCUAGCAAACCCUUCUCUCACAAACCAAAACCCCUCUCCAUCUCCUUAAACCCUCUACCCAAUAUGUCCUCUCGUCCCUCCGCUUUCGAUCUUCUCAUGUCCAAAUCUCGCUCCUUUGCCUCCAGGAACCCCCAAGCCUCUUCUUCUCCUAAUAAGCGCAAAACCCUAAAUGUCCAAAACCCUAAACCAGGAAUUUCAUCAACUAAUGAAAUUCAAAAAAAUGCUGAAGAACCCAGUUUAGAUCACAAGAAACCCAUGGAAAUUCAACAGAUUGAACCCCAAGAUUCAGUUGAGGCCAAGACGGCCCAUGAACCAGUUGAUAAUUACGAAAGACCUGACAAGAAACCGAAAGUAGUGAGUGCUCAUGAGAGAAUUGCGGAAUUGAAGAGUAAAAUGGUCUUUUUAAAAGAAAAACCAGAUAAUUUUGAUCCUAAAACGGUGGCCUGUUGGGAAAAGGGAGAGAGAGUGCCGUUUAUUUUCUUGAGUUUGGCAUUUGAUAUGAUAUCGAACGAAUCAGGGCGGAUUGUGAUUACUAAUAUUGUGUGUAAUAUGUUGAGGACAGUCAUCGAUACGACACCUGAGGACUUGGUGGCGGUUGUGUAUUUGGCGGCCAAUAGGAUUGCACCAGCUCAUGAAGGACUGGAGCUAGGAAUUGGGGAUGCUUCUAUUAUAAAGGCGCUUGCAGAAGCAUAUGGGAGGACUGAUGCUCAGGUUAAGAAGCAGUAUAAGGAAAUGGGAGAUUUGGGCCUCGUCGCCAAAGCAAGUCGUUUAUCUCAAUCAAUGAUAUUCAAGCGGCCAGAUGCAUUAUCUAUAACUAAAGUUUUUGAUACAUUUCGGCUCAUUGCUAAGGAAUCUGGAAAAGAUAGUCAAGAGAAGAAAAAGAACAGAAUCAAGGCCCUCCUUGUUGCUGCCACCGAUUGUGAACCUCAAUAUUUGAUUCGUCUACUUCAGUCAAAGUUGCGAAUUGGUUUAGCAGAGCAAACUCUGUUAGCUGCGUUGGGUCAAGCAGCUGUCUACAAUGAACAACAUUCUAAACCACCUCCAAACAUUCAAUCUCCGUUAGAGGAGGCUGCGAAGAUUGUUAAACUAGUGUUCUCUGUACUACCUGUUUAUGAUAAAAUUGUCUCUGCUCUUCUUAGUGGUGGCGUGUGGGAUCUUCCAAAUACAUGCAGUUUUACGCUUGGUGUCCCUGUUGGACCUAUGUUAGCCAAACCAACCAAAGGGGUGUCUGAGAUCGUAAAUAAGUUCCAGGAUAUGGAAUUCACGUCUGAAUACAAGUAUGAUGGAGAACGUGCCCAGAUACAUUACAUGGAGAACGGUUCUGUUGAGAUAUACAGUCGAAAUUCUGAACGUAAUACUGGAAAGUUUCCUGAUGUUGCUCUUGCAGUUUCAAGAUUAAAGAAAUCAUCUGUAAAAUCAUUUGUUCUAGAUUGUGAACUUGUUGCUUAUGAUCGGGAUAAACAGAAGAUUUUGCCCUUUCAGAUCCUUAUUACUCGGGCCCGUAAAAAUGUGUCGGUGAGUGAUAUCAAGGUUGACGUCUGCGUAUAUGCUUUUGACAUGUUGUAUGUCAAUGGGCAACCACUUCUUCAGGAGCAACUGAAAGUUCGUAGAGAGAGACUUUACGACUCGUUUCAGGAAGAACCUGGAUUUUUUCAGUUUGCAACAGCUUUGACAUCGAGUGAUCUUGAUGAAAUACAAAAGUUUCUUGAUGCAGCUGUAGAUGCAAGUUGUGAGGGUUUAAUUAUCAAAACAUUGAAUCGAGAUGCCACAUAUGAGCCUUCAAGGCGGUCUCAUAAUUGGUUGAAACUAAAGAAAGAUUAUAUUGACAGCAUUGGAGACUCGCUAGAUUUAGUACCCAUUGCUGCAUUUCAUGGGCGUGGGAAACGUACAGGUGUUUAUGGGGCUUUUCUAUUAGCAUGCUAUGACAGCCACAACGAAGAAUUCCAAAGCAUUUGCAAAAUAGGCACUGGAUUUUCUGAAGCAGUGCUUGAAGAACGUUCUUCUAGUCUCCGCUCCAAAGUAAUUCCAAAACCAAAGCCAUAUUACCGGUAUGCAGAUACCAUCAAUCCAGAUGUAUGGUUUGAGCCCACUGAGGUCUGGGAGGUGAAAGCUGCAGAUUUAACUAUUAGCCCUGUUCACCGUGCAGCAAUUGGUGUUGUGGAUCCUGAUAAGGGCAUUUCACUUCGGUUUCCACGUCUAAUUCGUGUUCGGGAAGAUAAGAAUCCAGAGCAAGCAUCAUCAUCUGAGCAGGUUGCAGACAUGUAUAGUGCUCAAAAACACAAUCAACCAAACAAUCAAGAUGACAAUGAAGAUGAUUGAGGAGCUGGCUCAAAGUCCUCUUGCUUUCAGACAUAUCUUCUUCUAAAGUUUUGUGCUGUUUUGAGAAAAAAGAAUCCAUUGACAUAUUGCGAUGAUAACUGUUCCUAAGCCUUAAAUUUAAGAAUGAAUACCAAAUUGCACUAAGAGACAUGCAUUUGGUAUAUGAAUUGGAGUCAUCAUGCUCUCUAGACUUAGUCUGAUUUGGGUAUUGCAGCCAUCAAAAAAUUUUCAGAAUCUGUAAAGGAAAUUGUAGUUGGCUGCCACAUCAGUUUAGUAUGAUUUGUUGGAAUAUGUACUGGUUUUUCCUUAGAGCCAUUUGUAUAUAACAUUGCUAAUAACAAUGCAUGCAACGCUUAUGCAUUGUUUUUUCUAUGA